AUGAGUGGCGGCGGCGGCGACCUGUUCGGUGCGCUGCCGGACGAGCUCCUGCGCCACGUGCUCUCCUUCCUGCCCUCGCGCGAUGCCGUGCAUACAUCCCUCCUCUCCCGCCGCUGGCGCCACCUCUGCAGAUCAGCCCCCGCCAUCCACGUCCGCGGCGAGGGAGACGCCUUCUGCGUCUUCGUCAACAGCCUCCUAAUGGGCCGAGACGCUGCCUCCGCGCCGCCGCUGCGGUCGUUCGAGAUCGACGCCAACCUGAAGAAACUACGCGAUUGCAACUACUGCGAGUACAAGCCCGACUACUGCAGGUGCGAGUUCUUCUACCCCUACUCGGACCGCCGAAAAUAUAAAAUAGAACAGCUGCACCCCGGCCCUCUUAUCCGGGUCGUCCAUAUACAUCGAAAUAUGCGUCAGCCUUUACCGUAA